CUGACAUAGGACACAAUAUGGCGUAGCGGAGAGAGGCGAACGGGGUUUGGGUUAAAAACGGAGGGUGACACAAAGGAAAAAAGUUUCACCGUGGUGGUGGAGAAGUUCUGCAAGCGGGAGAUGGCCUCUUAAAUUCAGAUGAAAGUUUAGAUCAGACCGCUGCCCUUGGGAUUACGUGCGCUGAACCACAGAAAGGGUGAAUGUUGUUUCAGGUCAAGAGGUAGUCCAAGAUGGCUGCAGCUUCUUACGAUCAGCUGCUGAAGCAAGUGGAGGCACUGAAGAUGGAGAACUCCAACCUGCGGCAGGAGCUAGAGGACAACUCCAAUCACCUGACCAAACUCGAGACGGAAGCCUCUAAUAUGAAGGAGGUGCUGAAGCAGCUACAAGGAAGCAUUGAAGAGGAGUCCAUGGAGUCCUCAGGUCAAAUUGAUCUACUAGAGAGACUGAAAGAAAUGAGCCUGGAUCCCAGCAACUUUCCUGGCGUGAAACUGAGGCCCAAGGUCCCCAUGCGCUCGUAUGAUAGUCGUGAGGGCUCUGUCUCUGGGCGCUCCGGGGACAGCAGCCCUGUCCCCACUGGCUCCUUCACCAGGAGAGGGGUGGUGAACGGGAGUCGUGAAAGUGCCGGCUACCUAGAGGAGCUGGAGAAGGAGAGGUCUUUGUUAAUGGCGGAGCUGGAGAAAGAGGAGAAAGAGAAAGACUGGUACUACGCACAGCUCCAGAACCUCACCAAGAGGAUUGAUAGUCUUCCUCUGACAGAAAAUUUCUCUCUGCAGACGGACAUGACGCGCAGGCAGCUGGAGUACGAGGCGCGGCAGAUCAGAGCCGCCAUGGAGGAGCAGCUGGGCACCUGCCAGGACAUGGAGAAAAGAGCGCAGGCAAGAGUGGCACGGAUUCAGCAGAUUGAGAAGGACAUGCUUCGGAUCCGUCAGCACUUACAGUCCCAGCCGGCCGAUUCAGAGAAGACAUCACAGAGCAAGAAUGAGGCGGCUUCCCUUGAUUGCGAGCGACCAAGCGAGGGUGGACAGGCAUCUGGCGACACUGGCAUGGCUACCCCGGUGUGCGGUCAGGGUUCAAGUGCUCGAGUGGACCAUGAGGUAUCCAGUGAUAUGAGCUGUGGUAGUAGUUACUCUGUCCCACGCAGACUGACAAGUCACCUGGGUACCAAGGUGGAGAUGGUGUAUUCGCUUCUGUCCAUGUUGGGAACUCACGACAAAGACGACAUGUCCCGCACCCUGCUGGCAAUGUCCAGCUCCCAGGACAGCUGCAUCGCCAUGCGCCAGUCCGGCUGCCUGCCUCUGCUCAUACAGCUGCUCCACGGCAACGACAAGGACUCUGUGCUCCUGGGAAACUCGCGGGGCAGCAAGGAAGCCCGGGCCAGAGCCAGCGCUGCCCUCCACAACAUCAUCCACUCGCAGCCUGACGACAAGCGCGGGCGCAGGGAGAUCCGCGUGCUGCACCUGCUGGAGCAGAUCCGGGCUUACUGCGAGACAUGCUGGGAGUGGCAGGAGACCCAUGAGCGGGGCGUGGACCAAGACAAAAACCCGAUGCCAUCCCCUGUGGAGCAUCAGAUAUGUCCUGCUGUAUGUGUGCUUAUGAAGCUGUCUUUUGACGAGGAGCACAGGCAUGCCAUGAAUGAGUUAGGGGGUUUGCAGGCUAUAGGGGAAUUGCUGCAGGUUGAUUGCGAGAUAUAUGGACUAACUAGUGAUCACUACAGUGUAACUCUGAGAAGAUAUGCUGGAAUGGCCCUUACUAACCUCACAUUUGGGGAUGUGGCCAACAAGUCCACCUUGUGUUCCAUGAAAGGCUGUAUGAGGGCAAUGGUGGCCCAGCUGAAAUCAGAUAGCGAAGAUUUGCAGCAGGUAAUUGCAAGUGUUCUGAGGAACUUGUCCUGGCGUGCUGAUGUAAACAGCAAGAAGACCCUGCGUGAGGUGGGGAGUGUGAAGGCACUCAUGGAAUGUGCCCUGGACGUCAAGAAGGAAUCAACCCUGAAAAGUGUUCUUAGUGCCCUAUGGAACUUGUCAGCACACUGCACUGAAAACAAAGCUGAUAUAUGUGCAGUAGAUGGAGCGUUGGCAUUCUUGGUCGGCACUCUAACAUACCGGAGCCAAACUAACACCCUGGCUAUUAUUGAAAGCGGAGGAGGCAUCUUGCGAAAUGUGUCCAGUCUCAUCGCAACAAAUGAAGAUCACAGGCAAAUAUUGAGGGAAAACAAUUGCCUCCAGACACUCCUUCAGCAUCUGAAGUCGCACAGCUUGACAAUAGUCAGCAAUGCAUGUGGAACUCUCUGGAACCUUUCAGCUCGAAAUGCAAAGGACCAGGAAACCUUGUGGGACAUGGGGGCUGUUAGCAUGUUGAAGAACCUUAUUCACUCCAAGCACAAAAUGAUUGCAAUGGGCAGUGCAGCUGCUUUAAGGAACCUCAUGGCUAACAGACCUGCUAAAUACAAGGAUGCAAACAUCAUGUCCCCAGGAUCCAGCUUGCCAUCUCUCCAUGUCAGAAAACAAAAAGCUUUAAUUGAGGAAUUGGAUGCACAGCAUCUUUCAGAGACAUUUGAUAACAUUGACAAUUUGAGCCCAAAAGCCUCUCACAGGAGCAAACCACGACACAAGCAAACCUUGUACAAUGAGUAUGUCCUGGACUCCCGUCGCAAUGAUGACAGUGUCUGUAGGGCAGAGGGUUUUAAUUCUAGCAACAUUACUGUACUUUCCCCUUACAUGAACACUCCAGUGCUGUCCAGCUCAUCCAGAGAAAGCAGAGGGAAUUCAGAAAGUUCCAGGACUGAGAAGGAUCGAAGCCUUGACAGAGAAAGGAGAGGUGGGGUACCUGGUAGCUUCCACCCCUCAGAUGACUCCUCCAAAAGGAUUGGGAUGCAGAUAUCAGCCGCUGCACAGAUUGCUAAAGUAAUGGAAGAAGUGCAAAGCAUGCACAUAGGCCAAGAUGACAGAAGUGCCGGAAAUACACAGGACAUGCAUUGCGUGCAAGAUGAAGUAAGUGGCAUCAGGCGUACACCUGCCAUACAUGGUCAUUCAAAUGUGUACAGCUUUAACAAGCCAGAGCACUCGAGCAGAAACUGCCCCAUGCCAAAAAUGGAAUACAGGGCAUCUAAUGACAGCCUGAACAGUGUUAGCAGCAGUGAUGGCUAUGGUAAAAGGGGUCAAAUGAAACCUUCAGUUGACUCUUACUCUGAAGAUGAGGGGAAAUGUUGCAUUUAUCGAAAAUAUCCUGCUGAUCUUGCCCACAAGAUACACAGUGCUAAUCAUAUGGAAGAUGAUGAUGGAGAUCUAGACACACCUAUAAAUUACAGCUUGAAGUACUCUGAUGAACAGCUUAACUCAGGCCGGCAAAGUCCCAGUCAAAAUGAAAGGUGGGCGAGACCUAAACAUCUUGAGGAUGACAUCAAAAGGCCAGAUCAGAAAGCUGCACGAUCUCAAAGCCCUGGAUAUCCAAGAUACACAGAAAAUAGUGACAGCGAGGAAAAGCAUAAGAAAUAUCAGUCCAGAUUUGUGCAGCCUGAACAUUCAGGAGGAUUCCGAUCAAGGAGCUCCAAUAGCUCGGAGCAAAGUAGAGGCAGUUCCACUCAUGGAACCAAUAAAAAGACCAGCCAGACCAUGUGCUCAGUUGAUGAUUAUGGUGAUGACAAGCCAACCAAUUACAGUGAGCGGUACUCAGAAGAGCAACAACAUGAUGAGGACCAGCCAACAAAUUACAGCAUGAAAUACAAUGAAGAACACCAUGUGGAACAACCAAUUGAUUAUAGCUUGAAAUAUUCUGAUACCGCCUCCCAAAAGGCUAUGUUCAGCCAUGCACAGUCAUCCACCUCUCAGAACUCAGCAAAAGAUCACCUAACCCAGGAUGGUGCGACAGCCUCUGUAACAUCACUAAAGACCUCCAACAGGCAAAAGCAGCUUCACCCAUCUUCAUCCCAAGCACGAUCUGGGCCAACUCGUGUACUCCAAAAGUCUUCAACAUGCAAGGCUCCUUCCAUUAAUCAAGAAACACUACAAACAUAUUGUGUUGAGGACACACCAAUCUGUUUUUCCCGAGGUAGCUCCCUGUCAUCUUUGUCAUCUGAAGAUGAAAUUGAAGGCCACGACCAGGCUAUAAAUACUGCAAGCAACUACCCAACUUUGCCAAUUGCUGAUAAAGAGCCCACUGGUACUUUAGGUGCAGAUCAACGCACAGCUGAGAGCCAGACAACUUCACAGUACAUCCGAAUGAAGCCUCAGAGAAACCAUGGGUCAAUUUCAGAUGGAUCAAGACAUAAAGCAGUUGAAUUUUCAUCUGGUGCCAAAUCGCCAUCCAAAAGUGGGGCGCAGACUCCUAAAAGUCCACCUGAACAUUAUGUGCAAGAGACACCACUCAUGUUCAGCAGGUGCACUUCAGUGAGCUCCCUUGAUAGUUUUGAAAGUCACUCCAUAGCCAGUUCAGUACAGAGUGAACCAUGCAGUGGCAUGGUGAGUGGAAUUAUUAGUCCAAGUGAUCUUCCUGACAGUCCAGGGCAAACAAUGCCUCCGAGUCGAAGCAAAACUCCACCUCCACAUCCAGCCCAAAUGAAGCAUAAAAUGAAAGUGCCUCCUCAUGCUGAAAAAAGGGAUUUGGCUCCAAGACAUGCAGCUGUGAAUUCUGCAGUCCAGAAAGUCCAAGUACUUCCAGACAAUGACACAUUGUUGCAUUUUGCAACAGAAAGUACUCCCGAUGGAUUCUCUUGUGCUUCGAGUCUGAGUGCACUUAGUCUUGAUGAACCAUUUAUUCCAAAAGAUGUUGAACUUCAGAUUAUGCCUCCUGUUCAUGAAGAUGACCAUGGUAAUGAGGGUGAGCCUGAGAAAGAUGACACUAAAGAAAUCAAGAGCCAAGAAGUGCCCAAGGUAUCGUGUGAACCAGAAAAAGACAUAUUGGAUGAUUCUGAUGAUGAUGAUAUUGAGAUUUUAGAAGCCUGCAUAAACUCAGCUAUGCCAACUAAGUCCUCAAGAAAACCCAAAAAGCAGUCACCCUCAGCCACUUCAAGAAUACCUCCACCAGCAGCACGUAAACCUAGUCAGCUUCCUGUAUAUAAAUUACUUCCUUCACAAAACCGAGGGCAGCAACAGAAGCAUGUGAGCUUCACCCAUGGGGAAGACAUGCCAAGAAUUUAUUGUGUUGAGGGAACCCCCAUCAAUUUUUCCACUGCAACAUCUCUCAGUGAUCUUACUAUUGAUUCUCCCCCUAAUGAGUUAGCAAAUGUGGAGAGCUCUGCACCUGGUGCAGAAUCCUCCAUCCAAAGGAGAGAGGAGAGAGGAGCUCUACCAGAGAGAAAAAGCACAGAGGGCAAAGAUGUAAGCAAAAGUCUGACUGACCGAACGUCUGUUGGGGAUGAUAAAAAUGAAGGGGAUGAUAUUCUUGCUGAGUGCAUCAGUUCUGCAAUGCCGAAAGGUAAAACUCACAAGCCCUUUAGGGUGAAGAAAAUUAUUGAUCAGGCGCAGCACCCAACUACAUCACCAGGUAGUUUAGUACAACAAGAAAUGGAAAAGAAGAAACCCACGUCCCCUGUAAAGCCAAUGCCUCAAAGCAGUGAGUACAGAGCAAGGAUGAUAAAACGGCCAGAACCUUCAAGUGGUUUUGCUCCAGGGGCUUCAUAUCCCGAUAAACACAAGGAUACCAAAAAACAGGAACAAAAAAUUGCCUCCAGAGAUGUUGCAGAUAAGCCUUCAAAUAUGGAUGAGAGGGUGCGCCCAGGCUUUGCUUUUGAUUCGCCACAUCAUUACACACCAAUUGAGGGCACUCCGUAUUGUUUCUCACGUAAUGAUUCCUUAAGCUCCUUAGACUUUGAAGAUGACGAUCUUGAUUUCUCAAAAGAAAAAGCUGAACUCCGAAAAGAAAAAGAGCAGAGGAAAUCUUCAACAAAUAGUGCUAGUCAGCAGCCCAUCAGCCACGUGCCUGCAAAUAAUACGCGCAUGUUUCAGAUGGCUCCUCAGAAACCUCUGCAAAAGCAAGCAACUUUUCCACAAACAUCCAAAGAAAGCACAGGGCCAGUCCCUGAUGAGAAGCAGAACUUUUCUAUUGAAGAUACACCAGUGUGUUUUUCUCGAAAUUCAUCUCUUAGUUCACUGAGUGAUAUUGACCAAGAAAAUAACAACAAAGACACCCAUCAGAAAGGAAAUGCAAGUCAAGCAGAAGAAUCUAGGCCUCAAGCCUCUGGGUAUGCACCAAAAGCUUUUCAUGUUGAAGAUACCCCUGUUUGUUUUUCAAGAAACAGUUCACUUAGUUCUCUUAGUAUUGAUUCUGAAGAUGAUCUUUUGCAAGAAUGUAUCAGCUCUGCCAUGCCAAAAAAGAAGAAACAACCACUUAGAAACAAACGAGAUGACCAUGGAAUGAGCGAUGGUAAAGGUAUGGGUGGCAUUUUAGCCGAAGAGCCUGAUCUAAUACUUGAUCUCACAGAUGCACACAGUCCUAUUUCAGAGCAGGCUCUUUCUCCAGAUUCUGAAUCUUUUGAUUGGAAGGCUAUUCAAGAGGGUGCCAAUUCAAUAGUGAGUAGCUUGCAUCAGGCAGCUGCUAGUCUUUCUAGACAAGCCUCUUCUGAUUCAGAUUCAAUCCUCUCCCUGAAGUCUGGUAUUUCAAUUGGAUCACCAUUUCAUCUAACUCCAGAUCAAGAAGAAAAAGCCCCUGCUUCCAACAAAGGCCCCAGAAUAUUGAAACCAGGGGAAAAGAGCACUUUAGAGUCAAAAAAGAAAGAGGAAGAAGCUAAAAGCCUUAAAGGGGGUAAGAAAGUUUAUAAAAGUCUAAUAACUGGGAAGCCACGUACAAACCUUGAGAAUGUGUCUUCUCAGCAGAGGCAAACCUCAGCUCCAGCAAUCUCCCGUGGAAGAACAAUGAUUCACAUUCCUGGGGUAAGAAGUAGUUCCCCUAGCACAAGUCCAGUUCAAAAGAAGACACCACCAAGAGGAGCUGCCUCAAAAAUAUCUUCGCAAGGGCAGAACUCUAGCAAUUCACCACGUAGCAUGAAGGCACCUGUUAAAUCAGAUCCUAGUCCUUCCAGCAGGCAACCAAGUUCACAAGGUGGGUCAAGCAAGGCCUCCUCUAGGUCAGGCUCACGAGAUUCCACACCUUCUAGACCUACUCAGCAGCCUUUAACCAGACCUAUGCAGUCUCCAGGUCGUACCUCUAUUUCACCUGGAAGAAGCGGCAUUAGUCCAUCCAACAAGUUAUCUCAGAUACCCCGCACAUCAUCACCAAGCACACCCUCAAGUAAGUCAUCAGGAUCUGGAAGAAUGGCGUAUACCUCCCCAGGGAGACACUUGGGUCAGCAGACUCCACCUAAGCAAAGUGGUUUGCCGAGAAGUACUAGCGGGAUUCCAAGGAGUGAAUCUGCUUCAAAAGGAAUGAAUCUACCGGGAGCCACUGGUUCUUCAAAAAAGGCUGAAUUGUCUAGGAUGUCUUCCACGAAGUCUAGUGGAAGUGAGUCUGAUAGAUCAGAGAAACCUGUCCUAGUUCGUCAAUCAACUUUUAUUAAAGAAGCCCCUAGUCCAACACUUAAGAGAAAAUUGGAGGAGUCUGCCUCAUUAGAAUCUUUGUCUCCUUCCUCUAGGCCUGCAUCUCCCAGCCGAUCCCAAUCACAAACACCAGUGUCAAGUCCGUCUUUACCAGAUAUGUCAUUAACUUUGCCCUGCCAAGGUAGCUGUUGGAGGAAGUCCCCACACGGUCAGAACUCUUCCGAAAAUGGUGAUGGGAGAUCCCUUAGAAGACAUGAAAUUGCACGUUCACAUUCUGAGAGCCCUUCCAGACUCCCAGUUAACAGGUCGGGAACAUGGAAGCGUGAACACAGCAAACAUUCUUCCUCUUUGCCAAGAGUAAGCACCUGGAAGAGGACAGGGAGCUCCUCCUCCAUCCUUUCAGCUUCUUCUGAGUCAAGUGAAAAAGCAAGAAGUGAAGAUGAGAGGCAAACUUUGAGUCCCACGCAAAGGACCGCACAAAGUAAGGAUGGACAUCCUCCUUUAAAAGGCACAUGGAGGAAAAUGAAAGAGAAUGAAAUUUCACAUUUAAUGACUAAUGAACUGCAGGAUUCGUCCAGUGAUGUGGAUUCAAAAUCAGUGCUCCACCAAAUGGUUCCUGCGGUGUCCAAGACUGAGGAUGUGUGGGUAAGAAUAGAGGACUGUCCUAUAAACAACCCCCGGUCUGGAAAAUCUCCAACAGGCAAAACACCCCCAGUCAUUGAUAGUGUGUCUGACAAAGUACCCAUUUCAGAUCCAGAUCCAAAUGAAAAGCAGCAAAAACAACCUACAGUGAAUGAGAAUGCAGCUGUUCGAACACUUGUUUCUGAGAACAAUUUGAAUUUGCUCAGGAGUGAAGCUACUGAAAAGAAAGGAGCUGAUGUUAAGCCAACUUCCAGCAAUUUGAGUGCAACAGAGACUCAUGAAAUUCCAGUUGCUGAACGCACACCUUUCAGUUCCUCAAAUUCCAGUAAGCACAGCUCUCCUAGUGGUGCUGUUGCUGCAAGAGUGACCCCAUUCAAUUACAACCCAAGCCCCAGAAAAAGCAGUGCUGAUGGCACCACUGCCCGUCCAUCUCAAAUCCCAACACCAGUGACCAGCAGCACAAAGAAGAGAGACUCCAAAGGUGAAAAUGCUGAACCUAGCGGAUCAUACAUUGUGACUUCUGUUUAAAGCAGCAUUUGGAUCAAUAUGCCUUUCUGGAUUGUCUCAUAUCCAGAUGAUUUUCAAGAUCACAAAUUGCAAUUUUGUUUUAAAGAAUAAUUAAGGAUAUGAUCACUAAUGUACACUUUGUUACAACUGCUUUGUUGACUGUUGAUGAGAACACAAACAUGUAAAUAGCAUAGUUUUUUUUUUUUUUUUUUUUCCUUUUUGAGGGUUGCUGUUGUUGAAGCCUUAUUUAAGGCACAGUAUCUUUGCUGGUAGGCUGUGGCUGGCACACUUGAUUAUCAGAAGGAGACCUGUUUGAAGGCUAUUGUAAGCGUAUUUGUACUGUACAGACUUUUGAUUUUGUAUGUAUUUAAUUUAAAUCCCUCUUGUGAUCAUGUGUCUUGGAUGACUUGAUAAAGAUAAUCACUUAAAUUACAAAUGUGGGAUACUAUAACACUUGUACCUAAGUACUAAUGAAUUUGAUUUUUAAAGCGGUAAAUCAAUAUUAGACCAUACAAAUAAAACAAUUU